GAUGUGGAUGGAAACAAUUGCGAACCGACGGUUGGGGCGGAUUCGCCAGACCCGGACAACUCACGGCUCGCCUAUGAAUUGACGCAGAGCUAGACCGCUAGGGUUUUUACAAGGUUUAGCGCUCCGGCCUCGCAUUUGCAAUCAUGUGGAUCCACCGGCAAGUGCUCACUAGAACCCUCCACCUCCGGCACUACGGCCAGGCGGCGGCGGCGCUGCUUCACGAACCGGAAGCCCCGCUCACGUACCUGGAAGGGUUUCCGGUACCGGACCCCAGAUAUGCCGAGACGAUCCGCGCCGUCCCACGCGCCACAUCCGGAAAGAACAUCUCCGCCAAGGAGCGGAAGGCGGGCCGUGUCCCUAGCAUCGUGUUCGAGCAGGAGGACGGCCAGCACGGCGGCAAUAAGCGGCUUAUCUCCGUCCAGAACAAUCAGAUCAAGAAGCUUGUGAACCAUCUCGGCCGCUCCUUCUUUCUGUCCAGGCUCUUCGAUCUCGAGGUCCGGCCCGAUUUGGAGUCGGAGGUCGUCGUCGAAAAGGUUCGCGUGUUGCCGCGAGCGCUUCACCUCCACGCUGGUACAGAUGCAGUACUCAAUGUUACCUUCAUAAGGGCCCCAUCAGAGGCAUUGUUGAAGGUUGAUGUUCCCCUUGUAUUUAGAGGUGAAGAUGUUUCACCUGGACUAAAAAAAGGUUCUUAUUUGAACAUAAUCAAGAGGACCGUCAAGUACCUUUGCCCCGCGGAUGUCAUCCCUCCUUAUAUCGAUGUCGAUUUAAGUGAAUUGGAUGUGGGUCAAAAGUUGGUGAUCGGUGAUCUCAAAGUUCAUCCAGCUCUCAAGUUUAUUCGGUCAAAAGAUGAACCUGUUUGUAAGAUCAUGGGAUCAAGGGUUUCUGAUCAACAAAGGAGAUCUAAAUAAGAUAAGCACUUUCCUUUUCUUUUUGAUUUUUUUUUUUCUUUUGUUAGGAAAUUUUUAAAGAUAAGCACUUCACAUGAGAAAUUUUUAUGAGCCUUGUCAACAAAAGAUCUACAUCUUUGCAGCAGGAAUCAUUGAGAGCCAAUGUGAACUUGCUCUUGCUUCUA